AUGAUAUGCUCGCGGAAACUGCCCAUCUCGCUUAAAGUUGGGGAUUCGUUAGAGCCAAACACCAAGUCAAACAUCAACACGCAGACACAAACGUAUAUCACCACCAACUCUGAGACUCCCAACUUGCCAGUCAAAAUCCAAGACAUACCUCCCGAUCUUAGCGAGGCCAUCUGCCUUCGGGUUCGACUGCAUGGCAAUCCCGGCCGAGGGCGCAUAUUACGGGAUGAGCUAAUCACUCGUCGUCUCAUAGGACUCCUUUUUGGCUUUCCGUUGCAACAUUCGUCGUGCCAUAACUCCAACCACGACGAGAAAAACGAUGCAGAAGACAAGCACCACCCCGCGGUUCCUGUUCGCCCAGUUGCCCUUGUGGCCCGAUCGUUCGACAAUCUGAUGGAGAGAUAG